AUGUUGUGCGCUAAUUGGUACUCUGUGGGCCGGUUCAGCCAUAUCGCUAUCAGCACGUGCGCACCGAGCAAGGCAGAAGCGGCCCUUCCAGAGGCGGCGCAAAUAGUGCCCCGCGGAAAGAACGUCACCAAACAAGGCCAAGCGCCCAUUCCAGUGAUUCCAACGUCCUCUGAACCGACCACCGCCACAAUCACAACCGCAAUCACGACCGCAAUCACAGACUUUGCCCUCUCUCCGGAUACGAACGAACGCUGCUACAUCUCCCUACUGCGCAGCUCCAGUGCCUCUUCCAGGGCUACGCCAAACAAGUGGGAUCCUUGUCAAUCCCCAAACUCUACGCCAAAGGAAUUCCCGACGACAUCUUUUCCGCCCAUCGCAAGAAAGGUCUCAAGGACCAAGGGUACACUCUAUCCAUUGUACGACUCGCGGUUUCUCACGCAGUUUGCGCUCGUGGUCAUACGGAGCACGUCAGAGGAGGAGGCUGGGACAAGCAAUCACGAAGAAGUAAACAGAGAGCGGCAACGACGACGAGGACAGGAACUACCAGAACACUAUCAAGGUGCAUGUUGCUGGUGGCGCACACUACAAGUACAAUUGGCGACAAUGGACAACAUCCGGGCCCUGUUCCAGAAGCCUGACCCGCAGGCACAGCUUCGGAAAUGCAACACACUCCUGCGCUCCAACAUGCGCAAAAUCGACCGCGACAUUGCCAAUGCCAAGCGCGCCGAAAUCACGACAAAAAAUCUCAUCAUCCAGGCCGACCGCCGCGCCCAGCGUGAUCCCUCCCGCGCCAAACAGGCGCAACGCGAGGUCCGUGACUUUGCGCGCGAACUCGUGCGUGCCCGCCGCACGUCGGCGCGCCUCGUGACCGGCCGUGCUCAGCUCAACAGCGUCCAGAUGCAGGUCAGCGAGGCCUUUGCGAUGCGCAAGAUCGAGGGUUCCAUCCGCGCCAGCGUCGGCGUCAUGCGCGACGUCAACCAGCUGAUCCGCCUGCCCGAGCUCGCGGGCACGAUGCAGGAGCUGAGCGUGGAGCUCAUGAAGGCCGGGAUCGUCGAGGAAAUGGUCAACGAGACGCUGCCCGAAGACGACGCCGCCCUGUUCGAGGACGAGGACGUGGCCGAGGCCGACAGCGAGGUCGACCGGGUGCUCAGCGAGAUUCUGAAAGACCGCAUGGCCGCGACAGGCCCGGUGCUGCCGUCGACGCCCGUCGGCACAACACCCGUACCGGCGGCGGCCGCCGAACCCGCUGUGCCGGUGGCGCGCAACAAGGUCGCCAUUGCCGAGGGCGGCCCCAACGGGGACGAGGACGAAGAGGACGAGGAGGACACGGAGGCCAUGAUGGCGCAGAUGCGCAACAGGCUGGAGUCUCUGCGGAGCUGA